CUCAUUCCAGUUAAUUACCAUCAAUACAGAUGUCAAGUUAGGCCUGUUUAAAGGUGUUUGAGUCUAUGCAGAGUUUCAGAGAGUUUCGCUGUGGGAACGAAAGUCAUUUUCUCUGUGUCUGAACUAAUAAAGCCACUUCCCGUUUAGUGUUAGCACUAUUUAAAAGAAACUGUGAUGAUUAUUAAACCACAGAUCAUCUGUGAACACUUGCUGUCAGAAAUAAGAGCGAAUUAUGGAAUUAGAGGACAUUUAUGAAAAUUUUGAAAAUGAUGAUAUUAAGGACACAACUGGAGCUCGAACACAGAAUCACAGCCAGGAUGAAGGGAAAGAUGGAAAGUGUGGAGGAAGAAGGUGUUUGGUGUUGAUGACAGUGUGUCUCGGGCUCAUUUGUGUUCUUCUGCUGGUCUUCAUCACACUGUACAUCACCAUCACAGCAGAGAGAAACCUGUUAAAGAGUUACAAGAACACAGUUGAAGAGUUCAAUCACACCAUCAUCAGCUUACAGGACAAGAACACUAAUCUAAUGACUGAAAAUGACCAACUGAAAAACAAAUUCAACUCUUUGAGUCAGAAGAAACUGGACCUGGAGACCAGAGUCAAUGAUCUCACUGCUGAGAAAAGUCAGUUACGAGGAAGUUUUGAUGCUUUGAAUCAGAAGAAACUGGAGCUGGAGACUAGAGUCAAUGAUCUCACUGCUGAGAAAAGUCAGUUACAGGGAAGUUUUGAUGCUUUGAAUCAGAAGAAACUGGAGUUAGAGACUGAUCUAAGGGAGUUAUCUAAACGAGGAAAUGGCUGGUUUUUCAUAUCCAGUGAGUUGAAGAGCUGGUCUGAGAGCAGGCAGUUCUGCCGAGAUCGAGGAGCUGAUCUGAUCAUUAUCAACACUGAAGAGAAGCAGAGGUUCAUAUCUUCAUUCAUCAAGGAGAGUGUAUGGAUUGGUUUGUCUGACAUUGAGAACGAGGGUAACAUGAAAUGGGUGGAUAAUUCACCACUGAAACAAGGGUUUUGGGAACGUAAUGAACCGAAUAACGCGGAUGGAAAUGAGGAUUGUAUUGAACUGAAUCCAGCAAAACUCGUCCCGAACAACUGGAAUGACAUCCCAUGCUCAACAAUGAGAAAAUGGAUUUGUGGAAAUUAACAUGAAUUCCUUCAUCUUCAUGAUAGCUUGGAUAUCUUUCAGCUUCAUUUGAUCAUUAGUCAUCAUUUUUUAUAGUUGCUGUCAGCAUUUCAUGAAAUAACUAACUUUAGAAUUAUUAUUUAUGUAAAAAAGAGAAUCUAUUAAGUUAUAUUUGUGUGAAGACAAGUGUAAGUUUUUCUUACUGCAAUAACAAAUAACUAAGAACAUCCUGUUUUUCAUAUUUUUCUUAAAUGCUAUGGCAAUCACAGUGAAAGACAAGCUUCCUGAUUCACACGAUUACUCUGAUACUGAAAGACUGUAAAACUUUACAUUAUUAACAUUGUAAACCCACAACAUUAUUGUUUUUCUUGCAUAUUUUAUUCUUGUGUGUCUGCUUUGCUUCAGUAUAAAGAUAUUUACUCCA